AAACAGUCGCAAUGUUUGCAUUUUGGUUUCCUUGGAAACAAAUUACUGAAAAUUAAACUUAAUUCCAAAAUUGACUUUGCAUUAUUAACCAUAAGAAAAUUACAUUUGCUAAGAAGUACAACAAUAGACAGAUACUUUCUGCUAGAAAAGGCAUUAAUUUUAAAUGAGUAUUGUCGUCGCGAUGACUAGAGAUUGUCCUCAUCGGGACUUCAGUGGGUGAUAGGCAGGAGUUGUAAGACAACUGUUGACGCAUAAACAUCACCAGUUUUUACACGACGGCUGCUAAUAAUAUUUCAUACUAUUUACAUUGUUGAUUUUGACUAUGUGAUAAUAUAAACUUUAUUAUUUUUCAGAUGAACGACUUUAACUUGUAUUGGUCGAUCAAUUUUUGACAAUACUUGAAGAAAUUUAGUUCAACAAUAAUACAAACUGGGAUUCAAAAUUUUUUAAUGGUUUUUUUUCCAGAAGUAUUAAAAGGUGACGCAUUAAUUUUAAAUGAGUAUUGUCGUCGCGAUGACUAGAGCUUGUCGGUACCGGGGCUCCUGAGGGUGAAAGGCAGCAAUAGAAAGAUAACUGCCGGAGCGUAAACAUCGAUAGCUUCUACAUAAGGAAGAGAACAUCGACAUUACUUGUCUAAUCAAUCAAUCAUUGAUAAUAUCUCAAGGAAUUUAGAACCGUCAUUCAAUGACAAUAUUAAUUAUUAUUGGUGUAUUUUUUUUUGAAAGGAUUGAAGGGACUGUUGUUGAUAUCAUUAGGAAUUUACCUUGCAGUCGAAAAACCCCACUCUAAUUUGAUUGUCUCUCAAUUGCGUGAGUCUGCAGAAUUAAAAGAAGGUAAAUUCGGUUACGAUGUAUGGAAAGAUUUAAAUAUAUAUUUUAAGGUAAAUUUAUUUCACGUAACUAAUCCCGAAAAUGUAAUGGAAGGAGAGAGUCCUAUUCUCGAGGAACGCGGUCCUUAUGUUUAUGACUUGAAUGUUCAGAAACGAGUGACUCAAUUUGAUGAAGAACUCGAUGAGUUAACUUUCACCGUAUACAGAUUAUAUCGCUUCAACAAGGAUGCAUCCACGGGUUCUGAAGAUGAUGAUAUCGUUAUAUUGAACAGUGCUUACUUAGGAACUCUCAAUACUAUAGCAUCAAAGGCUGCAGCAUUUCUUGGAAAAUUCGGCAACAGCAUACACAACUUAUUUCCUGGGACCACUGACAUGUUUACACGUGGCAAAGUCAGGAACUUAUUAUUUUCAGGAAUGCCAUUGAUAUGCGAUAAAGACAAAUACAAAGAUCUAGCCAUGAUAUGUAACUUUCUGAAAGGACAAAAGCCUCCGAUAAUUAGUAAUACCGACGUACCAGACAGCUAUUUAUACAGUUUUUUUAGCAGAAAUAAUGACACUGAAACGGGUCCCUUUACAGUAAAUCGUGGAGUUAUAGAUAAAGAUGCGUUGGGCAAUACGACGUCUUACAAAAAAAUGCGCGUUACUAAAUAUUGGAGUCAAAAAGAAUGCAACGUAGUAGCGGGCACAGAUGCAAUAACUUGGCCACCAAUGACUGAAAAGUUACCAUACGUAACGGUAUACGAGCCUAAUAUAUGUCGACAAGUACGGCCCCGGUUUAAAGAAGAAGUUACUUUGAACGGUAUAAUGGGCUACCGGUAUGAAAUGGAUGAUAGUACUUGGGAUAAAGAAAACAGCGAAUGUUAUUGUCUACCUAAUGCAAAAAAAGUACCGCAGUGUCUCGAAACCGGUCUUAUGGAUAUCAUCAAAUGUCAGGAUGUACCGGUAAUAUUUUCUGAACCUCAUUUUCUUCACGCGGAUCCAAUUCUCUUGGAGUACGCUCGCGGGUUGAAGCCAAAUCCAGUCGAUCACGCAACAUACAUAACAAUUGAGCCCCUAAGCGGAGCUCCACUCAGCGGCGCUAAAAAACUUCAACUAAACGUUAAAGUUACACCAUUACCUGGAAUUACACUGCUCUCAAAUGUAUCCACUGGAUAUUUUCCAAUUCUUUGGGCCGAGGAGACAAAAACACCAGAUAUUCAAGAACUAGGAUCAAUUAUAAACGCUCAUCGUCUGCUAAAUGUCUUUAAAUACAUGACAUGGGUACCAAUAAUUAUCGGAUCAUUCUUAAUAAUAAAACUGCUGUGGUGUCUCUGUGCUGCUGACAAUGAAGACAAAUUAAUGGAGACAAAUCAUACCCCGGUACAAGCAAUAAGAAUAUCACCACGUUCACAUCCGGCAGUACUUCAGCCGAGUCAGGGAUUUAGCUCCGUAAGACCCGCGAAUCGUAAUCGUCGCAAUAUCUUUGCUAAGUGAAGGCCGUGUGACGUAUUAUUCUUUAGUUGCUCUGAUUAUAUUUUUUUUUCUUUCACUAGUGAUUACGAUUAUUAUAAUCAUACGCUGUAAGAUCAACAAGAUCCUUGAUGAACACAUGAAUAAAUGUGUGCAAAGAUGUAUAAUUCCUUAAACUCGUAUACUACUUGUUAAAAUAAAGACAAG